UUGUUGAAAGGUAGUCAGGGCGCUCGUAUGGAAGUGUGCCACUGAGUUUGGGAAAUGCGCGAGCAGGAGUCUUGCACUAGGAAACAGACGCUGGCUCUCCAGUGGCGCGUGAGGACGAUUAAAACCCGCAAGCUAUAGCCUAAUUUAAAACACUGUUUACUUCAUAAAGGACCUAUUUUAAACAUUAAACCGGUGGUAUUCCGAGGUAGAUCUAGAUUGGAUGCAAUUAAGUGACGUAUCAGCACUGAUAUUUUAUGAAACCAAAAAGAAAACAUCUUGUUUCGUUUGAUUUGGUUUCUUUGAGAAAGCGACGCACACUUUACUGCGCGAGCUGGCCACCUAGAACCGUUUUGUGGAAUUUAUGGUGACAUUUCCAUAUUGGCAUUACCAUUUGGAUGGACUACUGUUUGGAUCUUUCCACGGUCAGGCUUGCUCUGGCGGUCGAGAUGGGUUAUUUGACGGCACUGUUACAAAUAUUUGCUGCGCUCCAGUUGAACAUUUUACCUGUACAGAGUUCUUCCUUAGUAAACGUAAACAACAGCGCUAAAGUGAUGCUGUUUCAAGAGGUCUGGGGGAAAAGCUUCUGCCGCACCAUAGAGAAGCUAGUGGAAGUGGUUCAGGAGUACCCUGGGGAGGUGGAGCACAUCUUCAGCCCCGCCUGCGUGCCAUUGGUCCGCUGCGCUGGUUGCUGUGGAGAUGAGAAUCUGGAGUGUCACCCUACACUUACAUCUUACUCCACCAUGCAAUUAUUAAAGAUUAAGCCAGCGGAGCAGGGCCAGGAAUAUGUGGAGAUGACCUUUGUGGAGCACAAAGCCUGUGAAUGUAGACUAAGAAAACCGACAAAGAAACAAGACAGAUUGAAACCCAGAAACAGAGGGAGAAAAAGAAAGGAGAAAAAGAGAGUGAAAGAUUGUGACACCUGUCAGCCUCCCCGUAGGUAAACGCUGUCUCGCCCGUGAUGCCAGCCAAUCGCGCGCAUCUGCCCCCUUCUGUGCGACCCUCACCGUCAUCAUCAUUCACUUAUGGAUACUGCCUCUGCUCUGCACCCCACCAUCCCCAAAGCAGAGUUGUUAUGGUGAUGGGGCUUCUGUCAGCACACAGGGGGGCCUUCCAGUCAUCUAUACAGGAAACUCCUGUCGUGCAGCUCUCUACAGAAGAAAAACAACUGAAGACCAAACCGAAAAUCUAAAAUCCUAGGGACUUAUAUUAUUAUAAUAUUACUAUUUUAUUGUUUUAUAAUAGUAGUAGUGAAAGUAAUAAAGUAAUAGUAGUGGUAGUUGUGGUUCAGCUGCCAAGCCUUCCCCUUUUAUUUAUUAAAACCCACUGAAGUAAAACUGGUAUAUUCCAUUAAUCAGUACAUUAGCAAAGCCAUCGUGUGUUUCUUCAUAAAUCUAGAAGGAAGCACAGAACAAAAUGCCAAAUGUCAUCUCUUUAGAUUCUGUGUUACUGACUAUAUUGCAAUUAACUAAUGUUAAAACCAUCUUAGAAGAGUGAAUACAUAGUAUUUUCUGUUGAGGUUCUGUGUGUUAGCAAUCGACUUCAUUGUUAAAUUGACAUACUGACCUCUAGUGGUGAUAAUAAAAUAGAUAUUUCCGGUUCAGCUCUAAUAUUUCCACUUUGCAAAGAUAAAAGUGUGCACUGUGUUAGGACAAAGACUUUUCUCUGAAAGGGCUAGUUAACAGGAACCGAGACAGACGUUCAUUAUGAUAUGAGUGAAUGUCGGUGCUUUGUAUUGUUUUGUCAGUGAAAAUGACUGAAUUUUCCUCACUUUAGACUCAGGUCUAUAAAGUGUUGGAAUUUAACCAAAGAAGCGUUAUUAUCUAAGCUGCUGGCCCUAAAUAUAAAUAAAAUAGUUUUCACCAAAGGGCUAUUUAAUUCCCAAUGUAUAAAAUGUUGUAUGUUAUUAAUAUUAUACAACUUUAAGAGUACCUUUCGUAAUAGAUUGACUAUUGUUUGUUAUUUCUGAUUAUUAUUAAAAAUUAUUUUGUGAAACAUU